AUGAGAGAGUUUGGCUUGGUUCUCCUGUGUCUCCUUCGCAUCUCCAGGAAGGGUGUGCAGUCCAACAGCUGGUCCGUUCACGUCCCAUCUGAUGUUACUGGUGAGCUUGGGAAGAUGGUGAUCCUGCCCUGUACCUUCACACACCCCUACAAAGCCUUUGACCGGACCCUCACUGCCAUUUGGAGGAUCAAGGAGCCUUACAACGGCACCAUAGUGUUCAAGUGUGUGAGCCAGAGCACCAGCGAGCUCUGUAAGACUGCCAUCAGCUACAAGAACAAGUACAAACUGCUGGGCAACCCCCGGCACAAGGACCUCUCCAUCAGGAUUGACAACCUGACCUGGAGCGACAGCGACAGAUACUUCUGCAGGGUGGAGCUGGCCGGAGACAUCCACGACAAGUAUGAAAGCAGGAGUGGGAUAAAGCUGCACUUGAUUGCUGCCCCCCGGAUCAUCAACAUCACGGUCAGCUCCAACCGGGAUCACACCUUCCAGGCCCGCUGCACCGCCGAGGGGGAGCCAGCACCUGCCCUGACCUGGACUGGCCCCCCCUACCCCAACCUCACCUCCACCACCAGCACGAGCCACCGCGUCACCAAGGAGCUGCGGUACCUGACCCACGACGGGAAAUACACCUGCACUGCUGUCAACAGCCACGGCAGGGCCGAGGGGGCCGUGUACUUCUACAAAUUCAAGGCGUCCGACAGCUCCUUCUUCAUGAUCCUGGUCCUGGUGCCGCUGGGAGCCAAGGUGCUCGUUUUGCUGGCCAUACUGAGCUUCACUGUGUUCUCCAGAGAAGGUCCCUCCUCUGCUCCAUCCAGCCUGGUCAGGCCACAGCUGCCAGACUGCACCUACGAGAACUUUGACCGCAGGUACGGAGGGAGCCAGACCCUGCCAGGAGGGAGAGCAGUGCCCAGGCACAGCUGAGGAGAUCCCACCCCCACCUGCUCCCUGCACAGGUGUCCUCUCUCCCAGGGAACACAAAACCCAUGGUGGCUGAUGAACAGAAGGCCAAACACCGGUGGGGAUGAUGGAACUGGGCGAUCUUUGAGGUCCCUUCCAACCCAAGCCAUUCUAUAUGCUGUGACU